AUGUAAUAAGAAUAAGUAGGCAUAAAGAAUAAUGAAAAAUAAUACACAUAUGCCUUGCUUAGUAAAGAAUAAGCUGAAUAGAGAUCUAAAAAUGUGGAUAAUUGUUAAUAUAAUUUGGAUUUGGUAGUAGAAGAUGACUUAAUUAGGGGCAUGAUUAUCAUUCAAUUUACUUGUUAUAGUGAUUAAAUUAAAAUUGAUUUUUGUGGAUAAUCAAUUACUACUCUUAAAGUUAAUAAUGAUGAUUGCAGUUAAGAGUAUAUUGCUAAGAAUUGGAAAAAACAUUAAUUAUCUAUAAAUACCAUUAAAGGUGAAAAUUGUAUAAUGAUUAAUUUCAAUGUUAAAUUUUCAGAAAAUGAAUUUGGACUAAUAAAAUAUACUUUAAAUUCUGCAAUUUACAUAAUUUCUUUAUUUUGUCCAAAUUAUUGUCAUUCGGUAUAAUAAUUAUAAUCAUAAAGUGUUUUCCAUGUUUUGAUUAACCAGAUAUUAAGGCUUAAAUAAAAUUGUAGUUAACCUGUCCUAAAGAAUGGCUUGCCAUUUCAAACAUGAAUCCUAUUUUAAUUGAACCUUGCUCUGAAACUUAGAAUCAGUGGACUUUUGCUAUCACUCCUAAAAUUAGUUUAUAUCUAUUUAGUUUAAAUAUGGGUUAAUGGAAAUAGAUAUCCAAAUCUUUAUCCUCGGGAAUUUAAAUGAAUCUCUACUCUGAAUCUGAGAAGUUUUCAGCUUGUGUUAGGUAUUAAAUCAAAUAUAUAUAUUUAUUAAAGUUAAUCAAGACUUAUUUAAGAAUGUAUUGAAGAAGGAUUUAAAUAUUAUGAAUCAUUGUUUGAUAUACCAUUCCCUUUUUAGAAAUAUGAUCUAAUAUUUUGCACCUUCUACUUCUCAGGAAUGGAACAUCCUGGAGCUGUACUAAUAUCUAAAAAUAGUAUAUAUAAUAAACUUGAUUCCAGUCAAUUAACCAAACUAUUCCUUUUAUUAUUACAUGAACUAUCUCAUAUGUGGUUUGGCAAUUUGGUUACUAUGAAAUGGUGGAAUGAUUUAUGGUUGAAUGAAGCUUUUGCUGUAUAUAUCUCUUACGAAGCCUUAGCCUCUGUAUCUAAAUCUCAAUUAUUUGAUUAACUAUAAUUUGAUGAUACUAAAAUACAUUAUCUACUCUACAAAUAAAAUGGAGUCAAUUUAGAUAUAAAUACAAACUCACAUCCAAUAGAAAUGAAAAUUGAAGAUGCAAAUUAAGGUUUAUAAGCCUUUGAUUCUAUUACUUACAAUAAAGGUUCAGCUGUGCUUUCUGCUCUUGUUAAAUUAAUUGGAUUUAAUAAUUUCAUAGAAAUUGUCUAGUAAUAUCUGAAUAAAUAUAAAUGGACUAAUGCAACUACUAAUGACCUUUUUGAUCUAAUAUAAUAAAAUUCUAGGACUGUUGAUAUCGAAAGAUGGAAAAGGGAAUUUAUUUAAGAAAAUGGUAUCAAUGUCAUCGAAAUAAUAUAACAAGACUAAUAAUCAAUUUUAAAAUAAAGUUGUGUAAGUGGAAAUGCUAUAAGACAACAUCUGAUAAAUGUGUUAUUAAUUAAAGAGGAUUAAAAGAUGGAAUAAAAGUCAAUUUUGAUGACAAAAGAUUAUCAUUAUCUCUGUGAGUUAAAUGAUUAUUUGGCUGCAAUUCUUAAUUAUAAUGAUGAUGCUUAUUGUAUUUCAACAUUCGAUGAUAAAUCUUUAAGUUAUUUGUUACAAAACUUCAUUAAAUUAGAAUUAUCAAAUCAAAUAAGAGUUUCAAUAAUUAAUAAUCUAUUUUAAAUGACCUACGUAUUGGGAACAUAUAAAGUUAAAUAUUUCAUGGAAUUUGUUUUGUAGGCCAUGAAUCCAAAUAUUGAUAGUGAAGUAUAUUGUCAUUCACAUAAACUGUUAGGUUCUGAAUUUUAUGAUUGAAAAACUAGAGAUACUAUUUCUAAAUUUAAAUGUUGAACAAUAAAUUAGUUUUGGUCCAAUCAUCUUUGAUAAACUAUUUAUACUUUUAGCAUAAAAUAAUUAAUUCAAAGAAACAAUAUUCAAAGAAAUAGGAAACUUUGCCUUUUCAAAAAAACACAUCCAUAAUAUCUAUCUAAUCUUGACAGAUACUAGCACUCAUAAACGAAAUUUAUAAUUGUUAGGAAGGUUUUUGGAUUGUUUAUUUUAUAAAAAACACUUGCUAGAUUAGGAUUAUCUCUUGUAAUAUGAAUAAUUUUGGGAUACACUUAAACCUUAUAAUCCAAAUUUUGUGAUACGAUAAAAUGCAGCAUAAUUUGAUUGGAUAUAAAUUUAAGAAUAUUUUAUUUGUUUACUUGAAAAUAAAGCAGAAUAUAAUUCAAUGGAAUAUAUAUUAAGAGGAAUUAACAAUUAAUAUUCACUUACAUAUGACUAAUAUCUUGAAGUUUAUCUUUCUAAUAUUAAAUAACUGUGUAGUAGUCUUGAUCAACAUAAGAUUUUAUUGUAUAAAAUUAUAUUGUAAAUAGGAUUCUUAAUUAAGGAUUCCCAAAUUAAGGAGAUUAUCAAGUCUUAUUAAAAAUUUUGAAUGAUUUAGAAUAAGAAUUUCCAAAUCUAAAAUUUACAAUAAACAAGCUUAAAUAAAGAACAAUUUAAAAAUAAAAAAUACAAUAAUGGUUUGAUUGA